UUACAGUCUGUAGGUUUGGAAACUACCGACGCUAACAAGAGUGGCUUUCUAUUAUAUCUCAACGUGAAGUUUGUUCCACUUAUUCUUUGGUUGUUGUAUGGAAAGAAGAUUCCGUUGGAUACUUGGUUAUCUGUUUUUGCGGCGUUUUUGGGUACUUUAUUAUUAUCCUUUGAUAUUUAUUCUUAUGAUAUCAGUAUGGGAGAUGUUUAUUGCAUUCUGGCAGCUUUGGCUUCUGCUAUGUUUAUAGUAAGAUUAAGUAGUGCUGCACAAAAAUAUUCUGCUGCAUUGUUAAAUGUAUGUUCAUUAUGGACAGUUACUUUAUUCAGUUUGGUUUGGUUUGGAGUUGAACAUAUUUCAGAUCUUUCGUUUAUAAGAGAACAACAGUGGAAACUGGCAAUUGGCUUCAAACCAUUGCGCAAAGGAAUGUUGCUCCAGAAAAAGCCUCAGUGGUCUAUGCUUUAGAUCCACUAUAUGGAGCAAUCUUU